CUCAUGCAUCAUGCUCUCCCUGUCUGACCUAUAUAUCCUCCUUGUGCUGCAUGUCAUGACUGAAUAUUCAUUUCAUUGGAUACCCUCACCAUGACAAGCCUUUUGAAAGCCGCCCCCUUCUCCCCCGUCGUUACCGGUGCCGCUCUAUUGGUACUACUUGGUAAAGGUCCAGAGUCCAUACAGCGACCGGUCUAUGAUUACCUGCAUCAAACACUGAAGCCUCACAACAUCGGCCGUCUGAUCACUACUUUAAAGUGGCUGUUUGCAUAUGGUCUGAUCAAGAGUGUCAAUGAAGCUCUCAACCAACUAUGUCGCAACAACUUCUCGCUUCGCUCGAGCAAGGCGGACUGGGAUUGGGACAAUGAGAUUGCGGUAGUCACUGGUGGUUCCUCGGGCUUCGGCGCCCUUUUCACCAAGGAUCUCUCAGCCAAGGGCAUCCACGUCGUUGCCAUGGACAUCAACCCUCUGCCAAAACAUCUCGAGAACAACCCAAAGAUCUCCUUCUUCAAGUGCGAUGUAACCGACCCGGAAGCUGUCAACAAGGUUGCCGAAGAAGUCAGAUCGAAAGUCGGCCACCCGUCAAUUCUCAUCAACAAUGCUGGCAUCGGCGGUCAAAGGACAAUCCUCAAGACCACUCCUGCGCAACUCCAGAAACUCAUGGGUGUCAACUUACUCUCCCACUACUACACCGUUCAAGCUUUCCUCCCCAACAUGAUCGCCAACAAAAAAGGCCACGUCGUCACCAUCGCCAGCAUAGCGUCCUUUGUCGCAACCCCUGGCAUCGUAGACUACUCAUGCUCCAAAUCAGCAGUCCUGGCCUUUAACGAAGGUCUCGGCGCAGAGCUCCGCUCCAUCUACAAAUGUCCCGAGAUCAAAACGACUGCCGUGCACCCCUUCUUUGCAGAUACACCCAUCAUCGCUGCGGGCAAGGCCGAACUCCAAAAGGCUGGCGCCAAGAUUCUGGAUCCGCAGGAUGUUUCUAAUGCUGUGGUUGAUCAGAUCUUAAAUGCGAGGGGUGGGCAGAUUUUGCUGAGUAAUGGCUUUGGACCUGCUUUGAGGGCUAUUCGUGGACUUCCUUGGUGGCUGCAGGAGAGCUUUAGAAGACUUACCGAAAGGGAUAAUUCGCACUAUGACAAGUAGCGCGUGGAGGAAUAACCUUUUUCUCAUUUUGAUGUCGGUCGUUUCUGGUAGAUUUCUUGAUCUAGGCACAUACCCUAUGUAAUGAUAUUAUGCUUUUUAUUUCUCCUCAA